AUGAUUAGUCCACAGAUUAAGCAUGCUAAGUGGAUUGAACAAGCCUCCAUCAAUCCAUUUCUCCACUUAAUUAACAUGUUGUUAGCUGUUAUUUUAGUUAGCUGUUAUCUGUGGUGCUAUACAUUACAGAUUGAACAAGCCUCCAUCAAUCCAUUUCUCCACUUAAUUAACAUGUUGUUAGCUGUUAUUUUAAUUGAACAAGCCUCCAUCAAUCCAUUUCUCCACUUAAUUAACAUGUUGUUAGCUGUUAUUUUAGUUAGCUGUUAUCUGUGGUGCUAUACAUUACAGAUUGAACAAGCCUCCAUCCAUUUCUCCACUUAUAAUGGCCGACUCUCUCCUGUCAGUAAACUCAGAAAAUACAAGAAAAUAAAGGAGGGAGUUGAAGAGGGGGAUCUCAAUAAUAACUCAACAGAGGAGCCAUUAGAUGGGGUCAAAGGUCAAGAUGGGGAUCUGGAGAGCAGUGAUGGAAAAGAUGACAACCGCAGCAAGAAUGUGUCCCCGAGUCUACAGAGAAUCCUAGAUGGACCCUACGCUCAAAGUAAUAACGAUAUGGUGCUAAAACGUCACAAAACCAGACUGGGCAAUAACCAGCACAAAGGGAAGGUCAUCUCAGAACUUGAGG